UAUAACGAUACUUUGUUGCCCCAUGACGCCACGGAUGACGAAAUCUGUAACGUGAUGUCACUUCCGCACCGGGACUACACGCAGAUCCCGGCGGUGACAUUCAUGAUAGUAAUCCUCUACGUCGCCAUCAUCGUUCUGGCCAUCACCGGCAACUUCCUCGUCAUCAUGACGGUGUGGCGCAACAAACACAUGCACACCGUCACCAACUACUACAUCGUCAAUCUGGCCAUUUCUGAUCUAUUAGUGUCGUCCAUUGUGAUGCCGUUGAAGCUAUUGGAGUACACGGCGCCGUGCCACUGGCACGUGUUCGGUAGUGACGCACUGUGUUCCGUCUUGUACUACCUCCUGCCCAUCUUCGUCUUCGCCAGUGUGCUCACCUUGGUGGCUAUAUCUCUCGAGAGGUACUACGCCAUCGUGUACCCGCUAUCGGCAAUGAAACUGAACAGCAAGAGCCGGACACGCAAGAUCAUCGCCGUGACCUGGAUCAUCCCCAUCAUUCUGGCGUCCCCGUACACCUACUGCCGCAGCUACGCCUUCGACAUCAACAGCGACCUAGGCCAGAUCUCACGACAGAUCUGCAACGACCGCUUCGACGAGAUUGACGUGGCGAUAUACGGCGAGGAGGCGUUCGGCUCCGGCCAGUUCCGGCGAGGUUUCUUCAUUUUCCUCUUCCUCGCAGUCUACGUCAUCCCGAUGACGCUCAUCCUAGUCACGUGCAUCAAGAUCGCCGUGUGCCUUCUUCAGCCAAUCAGCUUUAAGCGAUCGCCCGUUCUAGGUCGGAAAGACGCGUCGCGGCGGAAGCACGAAGAAAAUAAACGGAAGGUUGCCCGGAUGGUGAUCGUGAUUGCCGUAGCGUUCAUCGUGUCGUGGUCGCCGCAGUACCUGGUGAGCAUCAUCAGCCAGAUCCAGUCGAUACACGGGGACACGUUCCUCCGCGAGGGCAACUUCCUCUUCACCAUGCUCAUGACGCACCUGUGCGGCUUCCUCAACAGCUGCAUCAACCCCUUCGUCUACACGGUCAUGAGCGAGAAGUUCCGCCGCAGCUUCAAGCAGAUCCUUGGUGCGAUAUUCUGUUGCUGUUGGACUCGCAACAUAUUCCGGUACCGCGACAGUUUCAGAGACAGUAGGUCAUGCCCUUACACGACCACCAUACGUCAGAGUCUUGAGGACAUCGGGGAAGGGAUGGACGUUCCCAUGAACGACGUGCCGUCUUCCGGCGGAAGUAGCAACGAGGGAUCUAAUUCGAACCGGGUCCAUCGCAUAUUUUCCAAGAACACAGAUGAGAUGUCGCAUAUAUUAAGCAAAUCGAAACAAAAACGUAACGACCAUGGCAGGAGGCAUAACAAAAUGUCUUCCAAGUCGAACAAACGUUACGAAAUAAUGCUGAAAUGCAUGAAAAAGAAAACCAAUGACAUUAUUUCCAGCUCAAAGCGCGAGGAAAAUAUUAAAAUGCAGGUGAAAUACACAUUGCCGCCAGUUGAGAAUAAAAUUGCCAUUUUAGACAAUGCUGAAUCGUAUGGUGGCGAUUCUUUAGCAGAGGUGUUAAACUGCCAGGAAAUUGUGAACGACAUCUGCUCGGAGAGCGACGGGUCGGAGAGAGGCAUAAGAAUAUCGUCAGACCAGAUUGACGCAAUCAGGAAGGAACACGAGAGUUCGCUCGGAGAGCCUGUCAGUGAGGAUGAUAAACGUUUCACAAUCGUGUCCAACGGACACAUCAGAAACGGAAAUUGUGUUCAGCUCUAAUCGACGAAACGUUGCACACAUUCCGUCCGCGAAAGGAAGUAGAAUCGUCUCAAAUGGACAUCUGUCGUCUCCACCCUUGCUGAGUUUGGGUUAUUUUUGUUCUUCUCGCGAGCGUUGCUGUGAGCUGAUGAAACAGAUGUUCAAUGAGUACAGCGACGGAACUAAAAUAGAUGUCGGACAUGCUGAACAGUGGUUGAAUGCCAAUUAUCAUUGCUUACAUGUCUGUGUUCGUACACUGAUGAUGGUGUACUAAGAGUACGUGUUCGUGUACGCGCGUCACUCCCUGACAACCGCAAAUAUGAUGCAUUUCGUUGGACAGGUUUAAGGCUCUGAAUGUCGUAUAACGGCGACUUUGAGCACUAAAUGAUGAGAGAAAAACUGUUCAGGAAGGAUCCAUGUGAUCAUGAAUUGAGGCUUCACGCUCAAGAUCGUCUCUCGAAAAGUCUGGUUCAGAAACGGCGUCCUUCCUACCUAUUCCCGUGGAAUGUCGUGUGUUCUGCCUUGUCGUGUUAAUAAUUUAAAUGUUUUGUUCAAACAAAAAAUAUUGUUUUUCUCUCAAGAAACGACUGAACCAAAUCGAUUUUAAUAUAACUUUCUCACAUAAUUGAAAUAGAACGUCAAUAGGUGUACAUUUUGUUGGGAUUCUUUGUAACAUAUUAAAAUGACGUAAGCAGUGCUGGCCAGUGACGUAUUGAACAUAUCAUGUUGUAUACCCACGCCCUAAUGCCGGGCUUUUAUUUUCUGUCUGUGAUAUAGCUUGUGUUUAGUGUUACAGUUAUUGUGUAAUUUCUCUUAGAAACACGUGAAACAAUAAAUUUAUGCUCUAUGUC